ACUUUGAAACGAGCACUGUCGGCAAGUAAAUGAAGGGAAAAAUGAAAAGAGAAAAUGAGCGAAAUGCAGCGAUAUUCGAACGUCAAAAACCCUCGCCAUGCCCAACGGGUGCUAAAUCGACAUCUGACAGCAAAACAACGAAAACGUAAAUAUCGAACAGUGCCGAUUUUUGCAAAAACCUGAUCAUCAUUAUCCCAGAAGGGGGGAAAGCCGUGUUUCUUUUUUUACCGUGUCACACACAUUCCUCUACUGCGCCACACGCACCUCCGCGGUUCAAUGUUUUUCGAUGCACUUACGUCGCUGAACAUUACCCAGGUGCUGUCGGACUAUCUGCUCAUUGUGAGCAACUCCGUGCGCAGGCAGUUCACGCCAGCAUCGUCGUCGUCCUUGUCAGGUGCGGCGGCUCCACCAUCAUCACCACCAACUCCACCGCCAGCAGCAGCAGCUGUCCCCGGGUACGAAGCGGGAGGUGAAAGUGUUGCUGACGGUGCGGGCGGCCCGUACGAGCUGAAUCUGCUGACCGCGGGUUGGUGCUUUCUGUGCGAAACGCUGCAGCUGGCCAGGGUCGCGCUCGGCGGCGGUGCCCGGUGGCUCGAUUUUACCGAUUUCCAGCUGUUUUUGCUGCAGAUUUUCGCGUCCCUGCUGCUGUCGCUGCUGGUGCUGAUCGCGCUAUCCUGGCGAAAGUACGGCAACCGCAUAACGAACCGCUUCAUUCGCCCGAGCACUGCUAAGGAGAUCGAAGAGCUGAAGCUUUCCGUGGCCCGGCUGAACCUGCCGAAGGAGCACACGCCGCGGAUCUAAAACAGCCAAAUCCCACGCAAGAUGGCCCCGAGCAAGAUAAAGAACUUUUUCCUGCGCAAGAAAGCGGAAGCGAAGCUGAAGCUCGGUGUUGCCGGCCCGGGCCGGAAGCUCAACUCCGACGCACCACCACCACCAUCCUCGAAAGCAAGCUCCUCGAAGCAGAAGGACGCGUACGUACCGCCGAAGCGCAACGAACUGUCGGCGGAAGCGAAAGCGGCCGCCAAUGCCGCGCUGGCCCGCUUCGAGGGGAAGGACAAGAAA